UAGUUGAGCAAAUAUUGGUUAUAUGUCUUCUUUGUACGUGUUGGUCAAUGACCAAAAGCGAAGAUCCUCGACGGAAGUCAGCAAUGGGCGAAUGAGCCUGGUAGUUUUGCCCAACAGCUAUCUGUGAAACGCUUCAUUGAAUUGAAUUGAAUUAAACAUAAAAUUCGAUUCUAUGGCGGGCCGAAAGAGAGAGGUUAUUUUGUUAUUUAUCAAGGUUUUAUUUGUAAUUAUUAUAAUAAAGUAACAAGGUCAAGAAAUAGCAAACUCAGUUUGCUUUGGUAUGCAAUGGUGUAGAGUGCAUUGUUAUCUCGGAGCAAAAACUUAAGUUAGUUAUUAUGUUUAUUCAAAAACUACAACAGGGCUUCAAUACUUGUAUAACAACAUCCGUAUUACUUUGUAUAUUCGGAUUUCUUAAGGAAAUAAGACCUUCUGAGCCAUUCAACUAUGAAUUUUUAAUUGGCGUAUCCAGAAAUCUUACCGAUGUUCAAGUUAUCCAGCAAGUUUAUCCAAUAGGAACAUUAAGCUACCUAGUGCAACUUUCAAUACUUUUCCUGAUUGCUGAUUUAUGCAGAUAUAAACCCAUUAUGGUACUUUCUGGAACAGCGGGAAUCACAGUAUGGGGCAUGUAUCUUUGGACAAAAAGCCUGGAGGAAAUUCAAAUUACCCAAAUAAUGUAUGGAACAUUUUGUGCCAGUGAGGUAGCAUAUUUUACAUGUAUAUAUGCAAACGUGGAUUUUAAAAAAUAUAAAUUGUUAUCAUCACACUGCAAAAUUGCGGUAUUUGCGGGUCAGGCUUUUUCCGGAAUACUCAGUCAAAUUAUUGUUUCGUUCAGUAUUAUGAAUUAUAGACAACUUAAUUAUAUAACUUUUGCCGCAAUGUUGGGUUUGAUGCUUUGGAGUCUAAUAUUACCUUGCACGGAAAAAUCAAUAUAUUUUCAUCAGCACCCAGCUGCACAGUUAUCAAUUUGUGAAAGAAACAAACUCGCUUAUAGCUCAAUAUGGCAAGAUUUGUUGAACGCAUAUUCUAAUAAAUAUAUUUUAAAAUGGUGUGUGUGGUGGAUACUUGCAAGUUGUGGGUUUUUUCAAACGAGAGCUUAUAUUCAGCCUUUAUGGUCUGAUAUUGCAAAUGACCAUAAUCAGACUCUUUACAAUGCUGCUGCUGAAUCGUUAUUCACAAUAUCUAGUUUUUUGGGAUCAUCAAUUGCUGGAAUGUUAAGGAUAGAUUGGACAACAAAAGGGGAGCUUUCUCUAACCUGUUGUUCUUUAUUGCAAGGUUUUGCUUUAUUAAUAUUAUCUCAAGCUGCCAAUAUAAAAGUGGGUUAUACAUGUUAUAUAGUUUUUGGGGGUUUAUUUAAUUUAAUGAUUACAAUAGCAAAUAGCGAAAUAGCUCAUUAUAUCAAGGAAAAUAGCUAUGGUUUGAUAUAUUUUUUUAACACAUUUGUUGCGCUGAUUUUUCAGUCACUGUUAAUCACCUUAGUUGUGACUAAUCAAAUAGGUUUUGCUCUUUCGCCCAGAAAACAGUACUUUGUGUAUGGACUUUUCCAUACAGUUCUAGCAUGCAGUUUUAUUAUUAUUGGCUUUUGCGGUUGGUUAGCUAGCAAAAAGGAUUACAGAAAAACUAGUAUUGCCACACAACCUGUUAUAAUAUUGUAAAAAGAAUUUUUUUAUGACAUCUUGAAGAAUUUGUAAUUAUUGGUAAUAGAGGUUACCAAUAAAUCAUUAUGGAAUUUUUGAAAUGCAGAUUGUUGUUCCACAUUCUUUUAAAACGCAUUUCAUUAACUAGUCAUCUAUCACCAUUCCACGCCCGCGUAUCGGGAUAUAAAAAAAGAAUGAAAAUUUGUUACAAACACUGAUGUGCAAAUAGAUGACUUGAGAGAAAAAGCAAUAUAAUUUAAUCAGUAUUAUUAAUGAAAGCUUUAAAGUAGUAAAUAGAAGCACAUACUGUGUAUGUAAAUACUUGUUAUUGCGAUUUGAAAAAGCAAAUCAUGCUACCUUCCUAAUUUUUAGAGUUUAUGAUAAAAGAUUCAGUUUAGAGUAAUAAGAGCCGAGGUUUUUAAUUUAGUU